AUGAAACACAUAAAGAUUCCCGGAAUCAGCAAAGACCUCUCACACCUGAUUCUGGGCAGUAUGAUGUUUUCUCCUGUGAAAUUUGACUAUAGCACUGAAAUGCUUGACGCAUUUUUUGAAGCAGGUGGAAAUUCCCUCGACACAGCACACGGCUAUGGCGGUGGUGAUAGUGAGAUGUUAAUCGGACUCUGGAUGCAGCAACGUGGGAACCGAGACGAUAUUUUUCUCAUUGAUAAAGGUGGGCACCCACAAGGUAGAGUGCCACGCCCGCGUCUCUCCCCUGAAGAAAUCAAAGCCGAUCUUGACGAAAGUCUCACACGGCUCCGCACUGAUUAUAUUGACCUUUACAUGCUCCAUCGCGAUGACCCGGUGAUUCCAGUCAGCACGAUUAUCGAUUACUUGAACAAGGAAAUAGGCGCGGGACGCAUCCGAGCCAUUGCUGCCUCUAACUGGCAACCGCAACGUAUUAUUGACGCGAAUGCCUACGCAUCCGAACACGGACUUGCGGGGUUUGUCUCCUGUAGCAACAAUAUUAGUCUCGCUGUGCCGAUGGAGCCGAUGUGGGGCGGUUGCGUCUGCGUUGACGAUACCGCACGUGCAUGGCAUCAGGAGAGCCAAUUUCCGUUGAUGCCGUGGUCAUCACAAGCACGUGGAUUCUUUAGCGGUGCUUUUACACCGGAAAAUCGUGAUAACAGAGAUAUGGUGCGCGUCUAUUACAAUGACGAAAACUUUGAGAGACUCACACGCGCAAAAAAAUUAGGCGAAAAAUACGGCUAUUCCCCAAUUCAAGUCUCUCUCGCAUAUUGCUUGAAUAUUUCAUUUCCGGUUUUACCGAUUGUUGGACCGGCAAAUUUAACUGAAAUGGACUCCUCCCUCGGGGCAAUGAGGCUUGAACUCUCUGAUGCUGAAAUGGGAUGGCUCAACUUAGAAACGGAUGGCGACCCACUAUGA